CGCACUUAAUUAAUGAGGGAAAUUUGAAAAUAUAAACAGCAACUUGUUGAGUACCUAGGGGGGAGCUUGUACCCACAUACGCCAUGAGUUGGGUUCAGGAUGAAUGGAAGGAGGGUUUGCCUUAUAAGGCAUUGCAGAAAGUAAAUCAACUUGAACAACAGUUUGAAAGACUGAAAAAAGAAAGAGAUCAAAAACAGUUUCAGCUUGAAAGCUUAGAACAGGCUCUUCAAAUUCAGAAAAGAAAAGUAGAUGAAGAGAAAAAUCAGUAUUCAGGACUUAAAAGGGAAAAUCAGAAUUUGUCUGAGACAUGUCAGGAAAUAGAGAAAAAGAGAGAGAAGUUAGCCCAUGAUUUGCAACAGAAAGAGAAUCAGUUGUCUUGCCUGGAUGGGAAACUGUCUCAUACAAAGUCACAGUUAGAUGCUGAAACUAAAAAAUCAGGACAGACACAGACAGAGUUGGAAAGAAUACAGAGAGAUCACCAAGAGACAGAAAAGAAACUAGAGAAGUUAACUAGUGACCACAAUAAGUUACAGGAGUACAGUAACCAACAAAGGGCUCAGAUAGAUCAGCAGGCAGACAAAAUUAAACACCUGGAAAAUGACUUGAAAAAAAUAGCAGAUAGUGCUUGCAGUGUAUCUACAUCAGGUGGGAAUAGUGGGUCUGAUUCAGGACUUCAAGAAAAACUACAGCAGAUAAAUGUACUACGUGAAAGGGAUGCUCAAGAACUGAAGCAAUUAAAGGAGGAGUACAAUCACCUAGAAAAGAAGACAGCACAAGAGAUUGAGAGAUACCAGACUGAGUUGGCCAAAUUGAAAUCAGAAACAACAGAACAGCUGAUCAAGAUAGACAACUUUAAUGCAGCUAAUACUAAAAAAGAACAAAGCAGCUUUCCAGGCCAAGGAACUACUACACAAAGCAUGGUUCAGAAUAGGAACCAUGUUGAUAAUGAUCCAUUUGGAUUUGGUAUUGGAAGUACAGGCAAUAAUAGAAAUAAGACUAAAGAUAAUGAUGCCUCAGGGUUUGGACUUGGAUUUGGAAACACAUCAGCAACCAGAAAUCGAUUUGGACAAGGAAAUAACCAGAAUUCAGCUCCUCCUGGUUUUGGCAGUACAAAUGUAGGUUCAGAUACCAGCAGUUGGUCGUCCGGAAACUGGCAAGAUGGGUUAUCAUCUGCAGCUUCAAAGCAUAUAUCACAGUUGGAGACCCAGGCUGAUAGAUUAAAGAAAGAGAAGGAUCAAAAACAAUUCCAACUAGAAAGUUUAGAACAGGCACUGGCUAACCAGAAGAAGAAAGUAGAAGAAGAGAAGAAUUUAGGAGCCUCACUACAAAGAGAGAUCCAGAAUAUGUCUGAGUCAUGUGAAGAUGUAGAGAAGAAAAGACAAAAAAUAGCACAAGAACUUCAGAUUAAAGAUAAUAAAUUAUCUAUAGUGGAAGGGCAGCUCAGUCAUGCAAAAGCACAGCUAGAUACAGAGUUGCAAAAGACUGGUAAGCUACAGAUAGAACUAGAUAAAACCCAGAGAGAACACCAGGAUUACAUGAGAAAGAUGGAGCAGACUGCUGCAGAACAGAGUAAACUACAACAGAGAGCACAGAUGGCUCAACAAGAAUUACAACAUACCCAGGAAGCUAUCACUGCACUGAAAAAGUCAGAAACGGAUCAUCAAAAGAAGUUGGAGUUAAAAACAGAAGAGCUAGAAAAAUUAAGGGAUGAACAGAAAACUAUAAAAGAUUCAAUUACAGAGAAAGACAGAAUGAUGCAAGAGGCUAAGAAAAACUGGCAGCAGACAGAACAGUGCUUGAAAGGAAACCUCCAGGAGAGGGAAAAUGAGGCAAAGACUGCUACAGAGAAAAUGUUAUCAAUGGAAAAGGAGUAUAAACAAAUGCAGAACGAGUAUCAAGGAUUAAAGAACCAGAUCAGUGAUAACAAAGCUACAAUCGAUAAAAAGGAUAAAGAAUUACAAAAUGUUAAUCAUCAGUUAAACCAAUGCCAGGAAGAGUUGAAUACACUACAGUCUAAACUGACAAAAAGUUCUGAGGAUUAUCACUGUCUUACGACAAAACAUGAUCAACUACAUUCUAGUCACCUGACCAUGACCAGUCAGAUUCAGGACUUCAAGAAACUGAUGGAGAGUAAAGACCAGACCAUCGAGGAGCUGCAGGGUAAUAUGGAUAAACUAGAGAAAGAGAAGGAAGACAGAGAAAACGAACUGCAGACAGAGAUCACAGACAUCCAUCAUAAACUUCAACAGGCACACACAGCAACAGAAGAGAAAAUCAAAGAAACAACUUCACUAGAAAUGCAGAUUCUUUCUGUUCAGAUGCAGGCAGAUAGUUGUACAUACGAGAGCAUGGAGAAAGUCAAACAGAUGGAAACUGAACUGAAUCAGCUGACAACAGACUUAGAAAAGAAGCAGGAUGUACUAGUUUGUAAAGAAAAAGAAUUGUCUGAGUUUGGUGAAAAGUUUAACGACAUGAAAAAAGACCAUGAUGAAAAAUGUCAACAAAAUGGAAUUCUGCAAGAGAGUGUUGACUCCCUGACUGGAAAAGUUAGUGAUUUAACUGCUCAAAUUGAUCAGAUAAAGAAUGCAUUGACACAGAAGGACAGUGAAUUAACAGAUUUAAAGCAACAGGUGGCCUCAGUUGAGGACAAGGCUUCACAAGAUUUGCAGAUCAUGUCUACUGAGCUAGAAACAGUCAGAUCACAGGCCAAGGAGGUUUCUGAUGAGAAGGAAAAGAUUGCUGAUAUACUCACACAGAAGCAAACCCAGAUUGACGAAUUAGACAAAGUACUUUCUGAGUUAAGAAGCGAAAAAGAUGAACUUCAUCGAAAAUCAGUUCAAUUGACUGAAUCAUACUUGGACCUUACGGAGCAAAUACAUACCAAGGCUACACAGUUAGAACAAGCAAAUGAUGCUCUGUCUCAAUCAAACUCACAACUGGAGAUAAAGAAGGAAGAAGUUCUGCAAUUACAGACGGAAGUGGACAGUCAAAUUUCUAAGAAAGACGAGAUUAUUAAAGAAAUGGAGAAUCAUGUUAAAGAACUAAAUGAAAAAUUAGAAUUGUCAGAAAAUACUGUUGCUAUUAAAGAAGAUGAAAUCAAAUCCUUGAAGGAAGAAGCGAUUGAAUUGCAGUCUCAGACUACCAGCUUUGGGAAACAGCUCCAGAGCCUUAGUGAGGAAGUUGUUAGUUUGAAAUCUCAUGUGGAAAAUUUGAAAGAAAAGCUUUCCAAUGCAUCUGAAACUGUAGAUGCAAAAAAUUGUGAAAUGGAAUUGGUGAUGAAUGAACUGUCUCAAAUUAAAGAAGAAAGUGGGAACCUUGUUAAAGGACUGGAAGAGCGAAAUGGUGAAAUUUCUGAACAGUUAAAUAGAUUGUUAGAGGAUAAGGACAAGCUUUCAGAAAUUGUAAGCUCAAAAGAGAAACAGAUUGAAGACUUGGUGAAAAGAGACAUUGAAGGAAAAACAAACAUUGAAAAGAUGAUGAAAGAUUGUUCAGCAUUACAAGAAAAGAAUGAGGCACUAAAUACAUCAGUGUCUGAUCUGACUGCAAAACUUCAACAGGCAGAUGAAACGGUAACAAGGAUGUCAAGUGAACUUCAGGAAAGUUGUAAACAGUUGGAAGAGAUCAAAGGACAAGCAGCUGAGGGACAUUUAUCAUUGAACAAGAAAGUCUCAGAACUAAAACAGGAAUUACAGGAUGAAAAUGUUAACAAAAAUAAACUUGAUGACGUUCUAAGAAUAAAAAUGGAGCAUAUUUCGUCAUUGGAAAGUGAGUUGCAGGAGGCUAAAAAUGAAAAUAAAAGUAGCUCAAUUCAAUGUAGUGAACUGACAGAAAAAGUGUCAGCUUUACACGAUGAAUGUGACAAAGUGCAAGAGCAGCUUCAACAAGCCAGUGAUGCUUUAGAUUCAAAAACUAGUGAACUUCUGAAGCUUACAUCUGAAAUGGAGGAUCUAGGUAGGGAAUCUGGAGAAUUGAACAUGAAGCACGAUAAUGAUAAAACAAAUCUUUGUCAACAAAUCUCAUGUUUGACAGAGGAGAAAGACAAACUACAGCAUCUACUGGAAUGUAAGGAGGAAUCCUACAUGGCUUUGGACAAGACUUUGUCAGAACUUAGAACAGAACAUGAACAGUUAAAUGAGAAAGCUGGAAAUCUUCUGAGCGAACUGACUGAUUUACAGCAAGUUCACAGCAAUAGCCUGUCUCGCAUGCAACAGGCAGAGGAAACUGUUACCCAGAAAAAUCAGGAAUUGUCCAAUAUGAAAAACCAUCUUGACAAGUUACAAGAGGAAACUGCAUUGACAUUGGGAAACAUUUCAUCUGAAAAUUCAAAACUAACGGAAGAUGUUGAGAAGAUGAAGGUUGAAAAAGAGAAACAGGGAGAUUUAAUCAGAGCAUUACAGGAGGAGAAAUCAUCAUUAAUUAAAGAAAAGGAAACUUUGAAUGAGAAGUGUCAGCAAAUGCAAACAAAACUUGACAUGUUACAAAUGGAUUUGGAGGACCAAGAGGAAGGCAUAAAUGGAGUUCAAGAAAAGGCUGAAAAAUUAGAAGAGAUUGUCAACAACCUUAAAGAUACAUUACAAAGUAAAGACACAGAUUUGAAAGCUGCUAAAGAAGAAUUGAAUAAUGCAAUGUCAAAGAUAGAUAAUCUUACCCAAGAACAUGAAGAUCUUACAGAGAAACAUCAAACCAUUUCAGAACAAUUUGAUCAGCAGACAACAGCUAUGUUAGAACAGACGUCAUGUCUCCAGCAAGAGAAAGAUAAACUGAAAUGUCUCCAGGAAGAAUGUCAGACAAUAAAAAAUCAAAUGGAAACCCAGAAUGUUUCAUAUGGAGAGAAAGAGCAGGAACUAUCAGAAUUGACAACAAAAUGUCAAGGUCUUGAUGGAACCGUGAAUAAUUUGAAACACGACCUUGAAACAAAAAGUCAAGUUUUACAAGACAUGGAAUUGAAAUGCAUGCAGCUGCAGGAAAAACUAGAAUCUCAUCAGGACAAAUUGAAUGAAGGAGAAGAGAGAACCAGUCAGAUGUCAAAACACAUGGCUGAAUUAGAAAGUCAGCUUACAAGUACUAGGGCACAAUUGUCAAUUAGGGUAGAAGAAACUGAGUCACUCAAUAAUAAAUUUUCUAGUCUGAUGGAAGAACUUGAUGAUAAAAACAAGGCAAUGAAUGAAUUAGAGUCCACCCUGGCCAAACAUCGUGAGGCUAUACAACAUUUAGAGAACAAUGUGAUGAAUGUAACAUCGGAGAAGGAGUCACUGUCUGUCAGUACGUGUAAGGAUAUUGAAAACAUGAGAAUCAAACUUGAAUUCAAACAGGAUACCCUGGAACGUAAAGUUAGUGAACUACAGAAAUUACAGAUAAACAUAGUUGAUAUGGAGAAAACAGUACAGAAAUAUAAAACAGAUUUGGAACAGAGAAAUACAGAUUAUAAAAAUCUUUCUGAUAAGUGUGCUCAGCUUCGAGAGUCCUUGGACAAUUUAACGCAAGAAAUGUUAGAAAAGAAUGAACUAAGUCAAAGAAUGCAAGAUUCUUCAGACAUGAUGGAAAGUAAGUUGAAAGAAGUCUUACAGAAAUGUAACGACAAAGAAAAUGAAUAUUCUACUGAAUCUAGUGCACUCAAAGGAAAGUUGGAAAAGAUGGAAUUGGAGAUGGAUGAAAAGCAAACACACAUUAAAGAACUUAAUGACAGAAUUCGAAAUAUGCAACAAAGCUUUGAUGUUAGUAAAGCAACAUGUGAAAAACUGACACCAGAAAAUGAGUCUCUGAAGCACGAACUCAAUCAGUCUAAAUCAGAAAAUAUUCAUUUGAAAGAAAGACUGGAGGAAUUUAGUGAAACUCUGAACAUUCAUAAAACGAAAGGCGUCGACAUGGAAAAUGAAUUAAAACAAAAAAUUGACCAGUUAUUGAAGGAGAAAACUGAUCUGAAAGAUGAAAUGAGUAAACUUAGUACAGAACUAGACAGUGCUAGUAAUUUGUGCUCAGAAAGACAAGAUGAAAUAGACACAUGUAAGAACACUGUAGCAAAUCUAGAAUACCAACUAGAACAAUUUGUAUGUAAAGCGGAAGUUCAAAACAAGGAAAUACUUGAAAAUUCUGGUGAACUAAAAUCACUGCAAAAUCAGUUCACAGCAUUGAAUGAGGAGAAGGACAAUUUGAUGAAUUUAAAAGAUCAACUUGAAAAUGACCUCAGUGUCUGUAGGAAUAAACUUGGUCAGCAGGAUGAAUUGUUGGGAGAGAAAACUUCUGAAAUUGAAAAAUUGAAGAAUUUAGUUGGAAUGAUUGAAAAAUCUAAAGAAGACUUAGAGACUGACAUUGCCAGACAAAAUGAACAGUCAGGCAUGCAGGAAAAAUCUUACAAUGAAAUGAUUCAUGAACUUAAUUUAAAGGUCGAUUCACUCCAAGGUCAGCUACAAAAUUCUAAAAGUGAGAUGUUAGAAACAGAAGGUCACAUUAAGGAGUUGAAUAGGGAGAAAGAUGACCUGGAGAUAGCAAUGUCAUACAAACUGGAGACCAUCCAAAACAGACUGAAGAAGACAGAAAAUGAAAAGUGGGAACUGCAACAAGAAUUGAACAUAUCCAAAACAAAGGAGGCAGAACUUGGUCUAGGAAUAACUAGUAGUCAAUCAGAAUCAGACUCACUACAACAUCAGUUAGCAGAGAUGGAAGAAAGUCUUACAAAGGCCAGGUCAGAUGCGGAAAACCAAGAUCACAAGUUCCAGGAAGAGACUAAACAGUUAAAUGAUCAGCUCAAUACAGUCAGGUGGGAGCUGAAGCACAAAGAGGAACACUUGUUUGAAGUUGAAACAAAACUGGAAGAGAUGACAACAGAAAUUGCCAGUAAAGAAAAACUGUUUAAUGAUACCAAAAAUAAAUCAGAAUACAAAAGAUCUUGUAUGGCAGAUAAAAUUACCAAGUUGGAAAAUAAUCUGAAGGAAAAGCAGGACGAACUUGAAAAAUUACAGAAAGAGAUUCAUAACUUCUCCAUUCAAAAAGAAAUUAAUGACUCCGAACAGAAACAGAUGCUGGACAUGCACCAGAAGGAAAAGAACGGCAUGAUGACUGAAUUUGAAAAUCAGAUGAGUAUAACAAAGAACAAAUUUGAAGAGGAGAAGGAUGAACUUAGAUUAAUGUUGUCUCAGGUGGAAGAUGUAUGUUCACAUUCAGAAAAGGAGUUAGAGUCUGUCAGAUUGGAGUUAAAUGACUUGAAAAAUAUAUCUAAUGUCAAGAGUGUUGAGGAGUCACAAAUGGUGGCUGGUCUGAGAAAUGAAGUUGGUGAACAUCAGAAUAUGAAACUAGACUUUGAACAGCAGAUAGAGAAAUGUAAUCAAGAAAUAGCAAGUUAUCAAGAAAAGGUGAAUGGUAUGGACCAACUGAUUUGUAAUCUUCGGUCACAAAUAGAAGAAUUACUAGUAUCUGUUACAAAAACUGAGGAGGAAUGUAGUACAAAGGUUAUUGAGGUGGAACAAAUGUCACAGAAUCUUAAUACUAUGGAGGAAAAGCUUGAGGAAGAGACAAGUAAAAACCAGAGGGAAUUACAGAAGGUACAAAGAGACCUUGAAGAAGUUAGAUUAUCUGUUGAAGAGAAAGACAAAAUAAUUAAAGAUUCUCAAAGUGAAAUUAAUUGUCUUGUCGCUGAAAAAGAUCAGUUCAUUGAAAAUAUUUCUAGACUAGAGAGAACAAAUGAGACAUUGGAAGAAAAACUUUCAAGUCUGCAACAGAACCUGUCAUCUGUAGCCUCAGAGAAGGCAAGUACAGAAAUGACUGCCAGUGAAACUACAUUUGCCUUAGAAACAAUGCAGAAUGAAGUUCUGUUGCUUCAGGAGAAACUUGUGACAUGUGAAACAAAGAUGUCAUCUAUGGAUGAUGAGAUGAAUAAAUUAACAGUGGAACGGGAUGAUCUUAAACAGCAGCUGCUUUAUAUUACAAAGGAGAAGGAGUCUACAAAAACAUCAUAUGAUGAACUUGAAUCUCAAUCUGAGCAGGAAAUUACUGACUUGAAAGAAGAGUUAUCUACCUUGAAAAGUAAAUUGAUGGAGGAAGAUACUAAAUUUAGGGAAAAAGAGAAUGAAAAUAUUUCUCUUCAGACUAAAAUAACUGAUUUGGAGAACAAUGUUACUGAACUUCAAUCUGAAACAGAAAAUUUAAAACAGAAAAUAGAUUUUCUUUCUUCAGAGUCAGGUGAAAGAAAGCAAGAAUGCUUUGGAAUUGAACAAAAUCUUAAAAAUUUACAGAAUGAUCUGGGUCAGUAUGAAAGAAAAUGUUCAGAUCUGGAGUCUGAAAAGAUAUCUUUAGAAGAAAACAUUACAGCAAUACAACAGGAGUUGGCAGUAUCCAAUGAAAAUCUACAGUUAAUGAAAGAUGAAUUGUCAUUGGUGAAAAAUGAACUUAUUUCAACCAAUAGUUCGUUGGAACACAAAAAUGAAGCAAUAGAAGAACUCACCAAAGAUAUAAAUAGUUUGCAUGAAACAAUAUCUAUGAAGGAGAUCGAAAUUCAGGAUCUGAAAUCAAAUAGAUCUUCUCAGAAUGUACUUGAGCAGAACCAAAUGAAAGAAGUUAAUGAAGUUCAGAGAGAAGUAGAGCAAUUAAGGCUUCAAUUGGAGGAGAGAAAUCAGGAAUAUGACCAAGAUAGUGUAACCAAGUCCAGCAGAUUAUCUGAAUUAGAGUCUGAACUCGAUACAGAGAAGGAAAGGGUAUGUUUCCUUACCGAUCAAGUUGAAAGUUUAAAAAACGAUAAGGAAAUGAGUGAAAGGAGCAAAGCUUUACUGGAAGAAGAAAUGUUGAGUCUUCAACAGGAGAAGGAAGAUCUAGAAAAUAAACUCAUAGAUAACAUCUCAGAAGUGAAUGUGCAGAAAGAUCAAUUUCAACAGUUACGCAAUCACAUUGAGCUUCUGGAAAGUGAGAAGAAUGAUUUAGCCACACAGAUUACAGAGUCUCAAUCGCAGCUUAUGUCAACACAAACAUUCUCACAAGAUGUUCAAAGUCAAAUGGAUGACCUUUCUAAUAUGAACGAGGAAGUAAAAAGUCAACUCACAAUAGCCAAAGAGGAAAGGGACCGGUUGCAGGAACUUUUUCAGCAAUCGGUUGAGGAAUCAGAAAGAAGGAAGAAAGAGCUGGAAGGAACAGUAAAACAACUUCAACAAGAAAUUGACAAUUUUAGUACUGAUAAAUCUGAUCUAACUGACAAACACAGAGAUCUGGAACAGAAAUGUAGUCAAAUGUUGGUUGAAAUUAAAGAUCUGGAAAAUAAAAACCUUGACCUCACCGAUCAGCUAAGGACAGUUGAAAAUGUUAAGUCUGAUUUGGAUGUUAGACUGAAUGAAGUUCAAAGUUCUCUUAAGGAGAAAGACAUAGAAUUAAAGGACAGUGAAAGAAUGAUGAAGGAUUUUGAAAAUGAGGCACAAAAUUGGAAAAAUCUCCAUGAUGAGCUAGUGAGCAAAGAUGAAGAAAAGAAUGUUGCUGGAGGUAGAUUAGAGGCAGAACUUUGUGAACUCAAAUCUGACAAUAAAACUCUGAAUGUAGAAAAAUCUGAGUUGUUGGAAAAAGUGAAAUAUUUGACGACAGAUUCGGAUAAUUUAAGAAUGGAAAUUGAAGCUUUGAACAUGGAAUUGUCAAAUGUACGAACUGACAAAGACAAUCUACAAAGUGAAUUUCAGCAUUUAAGUAUAGAAUUUGAAGAGAGUAAAAAUCAACAAAGUAAAUUAUUUGAAGAAGCAAAUAUGUUGGACAGUAAACUGAAAGAGGCUAUGAAUGAACGUGAAAGACUUUUGUCAGAUGUAGAAUCGAUUGCGCAAGAGAAAGAUGUUUUGAUUGAAACAGUUGAAACAACAACAAAAGCUGGACUCACAGAUUUCAAAAACACACUGGAAAAACUUCAUGACACUAUAAAGAAAUACGAGGAGUCCCUUCAAGCUAAGAGAGCACUUGUUGUAGAAAAGGAAAACCAACUAUUAGAAAAGAGAAAAAAUAUUGAGAUGUUAACUAACCAAACAGAACAGAAAGAUGGUGAAAUAGAAAGACUGACAGAACAAAUAGACGGAUUAAUAAAGGAGAAAAAGGCUGCAGAUUCUGAUAUUGAGACAUUUAAAGACGUAAUUGAAGGACUUGAAAUGGACAAUGAAGCUCUUACGGCAGAGAAGUCUUCUUUGGAAUCAGAAUUGAAGAUUACCAGUACCGAACGAGAUGACCUAAUGUCAAAGGUUAAGAGGUUAAAUAAGGAGGUGAGAGAAAUUGAGUCUCAUAAAGACUCUCAAUAUCAAGUCGAGAAAUCUGAAUGGGACACGUGCAAAGUUGAACUAGAAAAUAGAAUAGAAAGUUUAAACGCUGAACUAAUGGAAAUGCAAGACAAACAACUGACUCUUUCACAGGAGGAGGAUGAAUCAAAAGUUGAGAUCAGUAGAUUGCAGCAGAAUCUUACAGAGUCCCAAGACCAGUGUCAAAAGUUUGAAAAUCAAGUUAUCUCCCUUAAUGGUAGAAUUGAUUUACUGAACGCUGAAUUUUUGGAGACGAAAGAUAAAUAUGAAGUAUUACAAAAAUCUGAAAGUGAACUGAAAACAGAGAAAAAUCAAAUACUUUCUGAGUUAAAGGAAAAUUCUGAAAACAGCUCACAAUCAAUUGCAAAAUAUGAACAGAUGGUUGAGGAAGUUAAAUCUUUACAGAAAGAAGUGCUAUCAUUGACUAGUGAGAAUAUCAAAUUGGAACAACAAAAUGCUACCAAGGAAAGGGAGAAGGGUGAACUUCUAUCACAGUUCUUGAGUCUUGAGGAUCAAAAAGCAAGCCUUAAGCAGACUAAUGAUGCCUUACUGCUGGAGGUGAAAGAUGCAGAAAAUGAACUGAAAAACAAAUUUAGUGAAUUGGAUACCUGUAAAACACAACUUAUAACACUGGAAUCACAAUUAUCUAGUAAAGAUGAUAUGCUGUGUUCACUCAGACUGGACCUGACAGAAGCACAAGCUUACCAAGAGAGAUAUACACAGUCUAAGCAGCUAUUAGAUUCUACAAAGGCUGAAAUGCACAAAAAGACGGAGAUUAUGGAGAAGGAGAUAAACGAAAAGAGCAAAGAAUUGCAAGUCUGUAUUAAAAACCAUGAAACAGAAAUCCAGAAUUUGUCUCAAAACUAUGAAGCACAAAUCAAAACAAUUAAUAUGGAACAUAAAACAGAGAUAAAGAAACUUGAGGAGACAAAUUCUCAGGAAAUGUCUAAACUCAGUUUGGAACAUUCAGAGGAAAUAUCUGAAUUAAAAAAUUCUUUGAGUAAGAUAGAGGAAACACAGGUUGUAAGUAAUGAGGUGGUGGAAUUGAAGACUUCAUUGGAAAAAACAGAAGAAGAAAUAAAAGAAUAUAGAGAAAAAAUCAAGGCACAGGACGAAGAAAUACAGAAAUCUUCUGAGGUUUUGAUCAAAUGGGAAAGCAGAUGUUCAAGGCUUCAAACAGAACUAACAGCAGAGAAGUCGAAAUAUAUGAAGCUACGUCAACAGCUAGAAAGAAAAUCUCAAUCCAGUGACGAGACAAGUAUAAAAGAAUUGGAAGCCAAAGUGACAGAACUAACAGAGGAGAAAAACAAGGUUAUUGAAGAGUGUAAAGAGGCCUUUAUUAAAAGGAAUUCACUGCAGGCUGAAAACAAACGUCUGUCUGCCACGGUCAAAGCUUUGUCUCAUAAAUUAAAAGGAGACCAUACCAAGCCAGUAUCUUCUUCAGAAGAAACAAAAAAACCUACACAAUCUACUGUUUUAACUACAAAGACUGAUAUCUCAGAGACAAACUCUCUAGUUAGUGGAAAAUCUAAAAUUAUAGAUUCAAGACAUUUAUCAUCAUCAAAUUCUAAAAACAAUCAUCCAACUAUAUUUAGUUCAACAGACUGUGCUAUAAUUAGACCUACUCCUAAACAUCCUGCGGUUAGUCAGGAAGUGACUAUGUCUUCAGAGCAAUCCGAGUCUGGUCGUAGAAUGAGUAUUUCCAAAUCAACUAGUUCUUUACCUGCAGGUGAAUCUAGUCAGAGAAUGACUAGAUCACAUAGUGUUGCUGCAGUUCAACAAAAAACAGUUUCUCCUUUGACAAAAAUAUCUGAAAAACGAAAAUUGCCACAAGAUAUAGAGAACAGCCAGAAGAAGCUUAAAUCAGAUUUCCAUGUAGAGAAGAAGCCACUCAGUACGAUAACUAAUAGUCCUUUAAAGAAGAUACGGGAAGAAUCACCUCGUGCUUUACCAAAACGUACACUCAGUUUAAAGCGAUCCCCUGAGGUACGAAAAAAUCUAAGACGUCCGAAUAGUCCAGAAGAAACAAAUAAUACUGACAAUCAAGACUGUAAAGUGUCAUAGCAAACUUAUUUCAAGAUUUGUAUUGGGUCAAUAGCUUUCAAGGACUUUACGUGGUAUAGUGUGUUCAGUAGCAUUCAAGGACCUCAUGUAGUAUUGGAAUUGAAAUUAUAAAUGAUUGAUUUUUUUCUACUUGUAACAUAGUUUAUCAUUAUAUUGUUACUAUUGUAUAUCUCUGUGCUUGUUUAGGGCUAUUCCAUUAAAAUGUAUGUGGGAGGGUAGGAAGGGAAGUUUAAUUAUUGAAUGUGGGUCAUGGGUCUUUUUUCCGUAUGCGUCUAUUACCAUUAUGCAAAAUUAUCUAAAAAAUGGUUCUUGGUUGUAGGGAUAUUUUGAAAGUCCCUUCCUACCCUCCCACAUACAUUUUAAUGGAAUAGCCCUUACAACCUAUAUUCUGUGCUGAAUUAUUAUUUUGACAGGAUUAUGUAUGGAAUUAUCACAAUUAUAUGAAAUAGAAAAAAAAACAUGAUAAAAGUUUGACAUUAAAUGAAAUAAAAGAAAACAUUUUAUAUUGAAUGCUUUAACAAGAAAACAAAGAAUAAGUUAGAUCAUUUUACACAUUUUUAUGCUACAUAGCAAGAAUGUAAAGGAGUAGGUCCAGUAAGACCCCUUUCUUCACAAUUUUAGCAUUUGAGUUAAAUUUUAGACGGUUUCCGUCUUAAAUGGAAGUGGCCGCAUUUGUGUUCAUUCUUAAUAUUUAAAUGUAAGUUGUAUUUGAUGAUAAUACAUAAUAUAUAUAAAGGAUGAGAGUGAACAGGGAUGUUGCCACUUUCAUUUUUGACAAAAACCAUCUGAAAAGUGACAUAUUAUUGCAUAUUUGAUAGAUUUUUCAUAUUUAAGCUUGAAUCUGACUGCUUUAAUGAUAAAAUCAGUUCAAAUCUGUCACAUAAACUAAUUGAAUCGACUGAAGUAGACACUUAAGUGUUUAAAAACUGAUCAAAAUCUUUCAUCAGAUGAACCUGAAAUUUGAGGCCAAAAUCGGCCCUUACCGGACCUACUCCUUUACUAUGUAUUCUAUGAAAUUAUCUGGGUUAUCUCCCCUUUUACAAAUUUUUGAAAAAAUAUGUUUUUUUUGUUUUAUUUUGGCAAACAGUUAUUAAAUUUACUGCAAUCAAAGAUGGCAGCUGUUGUUAUUUAAAAGAUUGCAAAAAGUGCUUUGAUAAUUUUUAAUUGACCUAUUUGAGUAUUUUAUUUUAUCUGUGAAAAGCCUUACCUCAUAUUAUAUUUUUCCUACAUAUUUCCUAAAAAAACUUACUUAUUUUGUUUAACAGAUUAUUUUGCAGAUAUGUAUAAAUCAUUUCAUUAUAUUUUGACCUAGAUAUGUAGUCCUCUAAUAAUGUGUUAUACAUUCACUUUUACAUGCAAAUGCAAUGCUUAAAGGGAAAAUAGUUUAUUUCCAAGUAUCCAUAUCUGAUAACCUAUAAAAAAAAGUUGAUGUAUUUUGAUUGUUAAAGAUUCUGUUAUUAUUAGGUUAAGUUUCAGUGGAAGGAAAUAACUACGCUUCUGAUAGGUUUUUAUGUUUAGCAGAAAGAACAGUAUACCAACUUAUUUCACUGUUACCCUUUUUUGGUGAGUAGUCCUUUUUAGACUACGUCACGAUUUAUUUUCGUGAUUUUUGUAAAUUUGUUACUGUAUUCAUAAAUGAAAAGUGUGAUUUUUUUACGACAAUUUCUUUUUGCGUUAUUUGUCUUGUCACGAAAAUAAAUGGCUUAAAUAAAAUUACUUGAUUUACAGUAUAUGCCAGAAAACCUUUAGCAAGACAUUGUCUAAAUCUUUUGACUGUUUAAGCGAUUUUUGUUUUAUGUUACUUUUCUUUAGAAAAAGAAAAGAGUAAGUCAGUUUGUUAUCCUUUAAGUUGAAUAUUGAAUUGUUGACUUGUAUGAUUUUCCGGAAAAAAAACACUUUCCUAAAAUGAUGUCUGCUAUAUGCUUAUGAAAUAAUGAAAAUAUGUAUUCAAACUCUAUAACAAACCCUUGUAAUGAAUAUAUAUUAAAGUCUCAAGGAUGGUACCUAUAAGAAAUAUACCAAAGAAUAUCUAAUAGAUAGGCUAUUUCUAUGUCAGUGUCAGUCAUUUUUGAGAAUGCUGUUAGUAUACAACACAUAUGUAGAUAUUUCAGUUGAAACAGCAAAAGAAAUUAUAUAAAAUUACUUGGAUAAAUUUAAGGUGAUAUUACUUUCUGAUGUAAAGGUUAUAGGGGUUAUUGAACUUUUUCAAUUUUAUUUGAAGGAAUAUGCAGAAUUCUUAAUAAGAAAGUUAGUGUAUUUGAUAAUAUAUUUAUUGAAAAGAAGUUUUUUAUUCCCAGCCUAAGAUGAUAAAAGAGCAUUACCUUUUCUGGUUUGUGCAUCUGUUUGGAAUUUAGUUUGGGUUAAAAAUAGGUUCAAGUUUUGGUUUACGGUAGUUUGUGGGUUUGUGGUCACAUCAACUUGAAAUUUAGUACGCAUGUUCGUUUUGCAAUUACCUGCACACAAAAACAUGUAAUUGUGUAAGCAGGGUAUUAUGUCUUAUGGACAAAUAUUCUUUCAACUAAUAUACAGUUGGAUCGAAUACAACUGCCUUUGUUUGUUAUUGAUUUUAGUAGUGUGUUGAAUCAAUUUUAGUUUAUCACAUAUGUGUAUGAGGCUAAUCUAUGUGGUGAUUUUUAUACAAGUUUCAUAAAUAUUGUGAAGUCUCUUUUUAUCAUGUGAAGAAAAUUAUUCAAGUAAUUUGUAUGUAUAUAUAUAUAUAUAUGAAUCAUUGUUGAAGCCAUGAUGGUAUAAAUAAGUUGUUUAAGCCAGAAGUUACAUUAUUUUCAAAUUGUUUUACUAGUAUGGUAUAAACCAAACAGUUGCAACAUACAAAUUUUCUUCCUUAUUUAUUUAUAGAUUUGUUCAUAGAAAAAUUCAAUUAGACUAAGUUAUAAAAAAUAGUAUUUAUUAUCUAUGCACUGUUUCUACAUACUGUUUAAGAAGGGUGUAAAAUAGUAACCUUAUAAAACUGCAUUGAUGAUACUUUGUUUUAAACUUUGAAAAAUAAACAUCUGUGAGUAUGUGACUAACACAACAGUGUAAAUUGAAUGCUACGAAAAAUUAAUAUGUUUCCAUUAUAUUCACUUUGACCUCUGUCUUUACUCUGUAAUCUCAUUACAAUUUUAUUACGCAUGUCUAUACCUUGUAUUAGAAGUGCAACCUACAAAAUGGUGUAAACCAAACUUAGGAUAUUUUGUAUAUAAUGUUCCCCACCCAGUGACUAUAUUGAGUUAUUACAUGUUAUUGUUUUGUGUUGUCAUAUUUUUAUUUUGAUGUAGUUAUUAUUUAUAAUACAAAGUAACAUUCUUU